CACACAAUCAACUGCCCACCCACGCCACGCAAGGAAGCAAGCAAACCGUCCGUCCCUAUCCAUCCAUCCACUUCUUUCUCCUCUUCAUCCUCUUCCGCUCCGCUCUGCUUUGCUUCGCUGCCAAGCCAUCCAUCGCUUCUCUCCUUCCUCUCGCCGGCGACGACUCUCCGCUACCCGCAGGAAGAAGGAGAGAGAAAGAAAAUGGCGGACAGCGGCGGCAGCGACUGGGAGGUGGUGUCGCUCACGGCCUCCACCUACGCCGCCGCCCCAGGACCAAUCUCGCCCAUCCACGACACCGCUGACAAAGCAGAGUCGCCUCUUCUUCUCCUCCCAAAUCCUCCCGCUCCCCCUGCACAUUUCUUCAUGUCCCAGCACUUCAAUCUGCCACCGCUUUUCGGUACCCAUCUUGAGAAUAAUAGCGGAGGCCAAGAAUUAGAAUCCGACCCUGCCAUGGCGGACGGCGAUGCCGACCAUCUCAACAUGCCCAUCUGCCCAGAAAACUACCGCGACAGCGGGAGGGAUGAUCUGCAGGUGGAAGGAGGAGGAGGAGAGGAACUGCAGCGAACCACCAUGCUCUGCUCCCUUGCUGACGCUACUGCAGGUGCAGAUGCUGCUGCUGAUGCCACUGCUGCUACCCUGCCUGCUCCUGCUCCUGCCGCCACGCAGACGGUGGCUGCUCCUUCCGGCGGAGUCGUCCCUCGCAAAAGUUGCAAUGCCGCUCAGGCUCAGGCUCAGGCUCAGGCUCAGGCUCAGGCGUGGUGGGAGAAGACCUUCUCCUUCCCGCGUCAAGGUGGGAAUGGGAAUGGGAAUGGCGGCACACAGCCCCUCCUCGCCUUCCGCUUCGUCUUCGUCGCCGGCAAACUGCAGCUUCAGGAACAAGACCACCUCAGCACUGUCCCUGAAUUCGUCGGCGUCCACGGCCAAACCCAGAAGAUAAGCUGCGUGGUGACUGAGCCACUUGGUCAGGUGAAAGGCAGCAUGCUUGGUGGAGGAAGCCCUGUUGCUCAGCAGGGGUAAAUUAACUACACAGGCUGCAUAGCAUGCUGCUGCUGAUGAUGAUGAUGAUGGCGAACAAAUUAGUACUAGUAUGGUAGCUAAGAAGUUGAUGAUGACUUGGAUCGAUGAUGAUGACGAAAAUGGUGUGGUGAAUACUUUCUACUUACUCUGAUCCAUGUAAGUGGAGUGGUAUUACUUAAUUAGUAGCUAGGCAAUGGAGUAUGAACAUGUAUGUAUGGGUGAGCAGUGGUACUCGUUAAUUCCAUCUUGCUAGCUAGUAUGAGUGUGGUGCUUGAAAAAAAUAUAUUUCUUGUUAGAAGAUCA